AUGAAUUCCAAUGUGAAGCGCAAGUUCAAUGCGCUUCUCCAGGGCAUCGGCAGCCGCCCACCAGCUGAAUACGGCACCGAUCGCGACAGUCUAGCCGAUCCCGCAUCAUCGCCCAUUUCGCAGCACUCAUCGCCGCAACGGCCGAGGACAAUGGCAGGCGACAGCAGCGCCGACCUGCUGAAGAAGCGCCGCACCGGCGGACCGACGACCACACCCUCAAAAUACACAACACUACAAACCACACCGAUGCGAUCCUCGCCCGCGAGCAUACGCAGCGUCCCGCCGUCAACGACGACCGUCUCCAACGUCACCCUGCGCAAAUGGACACCCGGCGCCGGCAGUCCAGCGCACGACGGAAGGGACGGGCUUCCGCCGCCGCCGAAAUACUGCCCGGGCGACCGCGACCAGCUGCUGCGGCGGCUGACAACGUUCCAGGAGCUGACGGACUGGACACCGAAACCCGACCGCGUCAGCGAGGUGGAGUGGGCGAAGCGCGGCUGGGCGUGCCAGGGCAAGGAGCGGGUUAAGUGCACGCUCUGCGGCCGCGAGCUGGUGGUCAAGGUGAACCGGAAGGAGGUAGACGGGAAGGAGGUCGCGGUGCUGAUCGCGUCUGAGGUGGCCGAGUCGGUCGUGGACGCGUAUGCCGCGCUGAUUGUCGAGUCGCAUGCGGAGGACUGUCUGUGGAGGAAGAGGGGAUGCGAUGGUGAGGAGAGAGAGGAGGUGCCGCUGCCGGCAGCGUGGGAGGUGUUGGUUGUGGGGUUGCGGAAUGAGGCGUUUAUUCGGGAGCGGGUGGCUGGGGGUGGGGGCAGUCGCAAGAAGAAGGCCCGGGGCGUGGUGCCGGGCCAGAGUCAGAGCCAUGGCCAUGGCCGGAGCAAGAGUAGUGUUCCUGCUCCCGGCUCCGGCUCGGGCGGUGGUGGCGAUGGGGCGGCGGUACCCAAGACGCCGGAGAGGCCGGUGACGGUGGAUGGGCGGCCGCGGGGUUUGGUGGGGGGUGAGGGUGAGGAUGGGGAGGAGGAGGGGAGAGAGGGUGAGGUGGAUGAUGAGGAGGCGAGGAAUAGGAAGGAUCGUGAUAUGAUGUCGAGGCUGCGGAGGGUCAAGAGUUUGUUUAAUACCAAGGCGGGUGGGAAGUUGAGGAAGUUGGGCUCCAGCAGGCCGGGCACGUCGCAUUCGAAUGUGGGCGGUGGGGAGUAG